ACAUCUACCCAUUCCCUUCCUCUCUCUCUAUUUUCUUUUUCUUUAUCAUCCCCUGUUACCUUUUCCUCUUUGGUUCUCGCGAAUCUACAAUCACGACCCAUUAACAACUUCUCCUAAUUUUCCCAUAAAAAUUCACUCGCUCUUUUAAGCGGUGUAGAAUCAAAUAUGAAAAACUUUGGGUUUUACUGUAUCUGAGUUUGAACUUUUUGAUCUGAACAGGUUUUGGAAUUAGUAUUAUUCGACUCAAAAUGUCUUCUCCAAGUAAAAGGAGAGAGAUGGAUGUCAUGAAGCUGAUGAUGAGUGAUUACACUGUUGAGACAAUAAAUGAUGGCCUCAACGAGUUCAAUGUGGAAUUCCAUGGCCCAAAAGAUAGCCUUUACGAAGGCGGGUUCUGGAAGAUACGUGUUGAGCUUCCUGAUGCUUAUCCUUACAAAUCUCCUUCUAUUGGGUUUGUGAACAAGAUUUUCCACCCAAAUGUGGAUGAGCUAUCUGGUUCUGUCUGCUUAGAUGUAAUUAACCAGUCAUGGAGUCCAAUGUUCGAUCUUCUAAAUGUUUUUGAAGUUUUCCUUCCACAACUCCUACUUUACCCAAAUCCUUCAGACCCGCUUAAUGGUGAUGCUGCAUCAUUGAUGAUGAAGGAUCGAAAGCUAUAUGACCAGAAAGUAAAAGAGUACUGCGAGCGAUAUGCGAAAAAGGAGCAUAUCACCAACAUGACACCUGAAGAGGAGAGUGAUGAGGAGCACACUACUGAUGAAGAAAGUGAUCCAAGUGAUGAUGAUGAUGAUAUUGCUGGGCAUGCAGACCCAUAAUUUACAUAAAGGGUAAUAUCUUUGUUCAAGCCCCCAUUUACAGAAGCAGCAGCAUCACAAAUACACAUUACAUGUCUACUAUUUAGUUGCUAUACUAUCUGUAGACUAAAUUUGAUUUCCUUGUAAAAAUCAGUAACUAUGUUAGAGGCUAAUAAUGCCUUAAUAUUUCAAAUGUUGUAAUAGACACAAUGGGAAAUAGAGGGAUAGAAAGGAACCGCUGAAUAUUUGUCAUUGUUUUUACAUCUUCUGUUAAAUUUCUUAUUCUUUUGCUUA